UUCUUGUGAUAUUUAUAAUGAAUCUCUUGGUGUGCUGUAAAGAUGUAUGGAAGGAAGGAAUAAACCAACCGCCAAGUGUGCUUGACAAACUCCCCAGUACGCAAUAAUUGAGAAUUUGUACGAAAAGCUUUCUUAUGCUUUUAUUUAUCUACUCAUACAUUCACUCUCUUAUUACCUAGCAUAUGUUAUCGUCUUUCAUUACCCAAUUCCCCUAAAAUCAUCAUUCACAAUCACCAACCACAAUCCACCCCAUUCAUCACAACGCCACAACACCCCAGACCCCUCACAGCUAGAGUCUCCAUUACCUACAGCCCUCUAGAUACUCUAAGCAUGCCCUCUCUCCCAGCACACCGCACAUCCUCCCCCCUUAAACCCCGCAUCCCCUCCUCCUCCGACUCAACCACCUUCGAAGUCCCCGCCUCCGACAUAAAAGCCACCAAGAAACAAAUCAACGCCUAUGAAAAACUCAUCAAAGAUUUACCAGAGGACAGCAAGAAGAAAUUGAAAAGGUUGCAAAAAGAACAUGGGUUGACGAGGGAUCAGCUGAUUUUGGCCGCGUUGAAGGAGUGGGCGCCGCAGUAUGUAGGCGCCUUUAAGAUGGCGGAGUUUUUUGGGAUUGUGAGGGUUUGAUAGGGGUGGAGGGGGUUGAUGGCAUGGGGAUGAGGGAGGAGGGAGGAGGGGGAGGGUUGAUGAUGGGAUUGAAAUGGCUGAUGUAUGAGUCUCUAGAGGCUGAUU